AAUUGUCACAUUGUUCAAUAGUCAUUAAGAACCUUCAAAGAAACACCCCUCCUGAAACCCAGAAAAUCGAAAUAAAAUAAACAAAUCUCCAAAUUCAUGCACCAUUCAUUUCUCCCCUGUAUAUAUAUAUUACCAAUAUCCUCUUCUGCCACAAAAACUUUCCUCCCUUCCCCCUGAGCCCAAAAAAAAUCAGAUUCAGAAAAACCAAAUUACAAAAACUUGGAGUUACGGAAAAUGCUGAGACACAACAGUUCAACAUUAAGCGAGUCUGAUUCAACUAAUUUUCUUGAAUCAGUUCGUCGGCACUUGCUCGGAGACUCUGAACGUGAACUUGAUGCGACGAGUUCCAACGAAAGCUGCAGCAUUAAUACCAAUAUCACUCCUGUGUACUGCAGGAGCUCAAGUUUCGGCACCUUGUACCCUUGCCUUGCAGAGAACUGGGGAGGCUUGCCGCUCAAAGUUGACGAUUCCGAGGAAAUGCUUCUCUACAGUGUUCUACGCGACGCCACAACUCUUGGCUGGGUCCCGUCGUUGUCGUUGUCUGAUCAAAAUGUAAUAAGUCCCACUAAUAAUAAUUAUCCGCUUCCGCUGGUUAAGUCGGAAAUUUCGGAAUUACGGACGCCGCCGUCGACAGUGAAACCGGAGGAUGAUGGGCCUACCAAAAAGAAGCAGAAGCAUUAUCGAGGAGUGAGGCAGCGCCCGUGGGGGAAAUUCGCAGCCGAAAUCCGUGACCCGGCGGCAAAUGGGGCUCGGGUUUGGUUGGGUACGUUUGAGACUGCUGAGGAUGCGGCUCUGGCAUACGACCGAGCCGCAUAUCGAAUGAGAGGGUCCAGGGCACUGCUCAACUUUCCCUUGAGGGUCAAUUCGGGGGAGCCGGACCCAGUGAGAAUUACGUCCAAGAGGAGGUCGAGGUCACCAGAGCCAGAUUCAUCUUCCACAUCAAAAAGGCGGAAGAGGAAGGCGGCUGGUUUGGAGACGAGAAAUGGAGAACCAAUUGGGCAAGUUGGAUAUCAAGGGGUGCCAUCUGGUACACAUGUCGAGCAGCUAUUGGUCAGCCGUUGCUGACAAGUGUCCAGGGAUAAUUUUUCCUCUUCUUUUUUUUUUAGAAACAGAUUCUUUGUUGAGUGACGGUAAUUACGCGAUGUAUAUAUGUGAUGCCAUUGAGCAUUCAAAGAAUUUUGGAUAUUCAUUGUUUACAAUUUUUUAUUGGAUUUGAAGUGGAGAGAAACGACUGUGGCACACAUUAUUACAAAGGGUUUAGUGCAUAUAUCAUCGUUUGCAAUUAGAUCACUAAAAGAAAAAAUUUCAAAUUGA